GGCUUGGGCAUAUUUUAUCGGGGUGUAAGUAAAUGUAUCUUCUCUCUUGGCGGUCAUUCACAUUCAAAUUAGCACACAACCAAAACAUUAAUAAUUAUUCAUUCAAUUCAUUUCCAAAUCAGUCGGUGCCUCAUUCACAUUCUUCAGGAACCUCACUCUCUCUCUCCAAAACCCUAACACUUCCUCUCUCUAAAAUCAUGAAGAGCAUGAAGCCACUCAAGCAAUUGAAGCUCUCAGUGCCUGCUCAAGAAACGCCCAUCACUAACUUCCUGACUGCUAGUGGAACAUUUCAGGACGGAGAUUUGAUGUUGAAUCAGAAAGGACUGCGUUUGAUUUCUGAAGAGAAUGAUGCGAUGACACCUUCAGAUAAAAAUGUAAUAGAUUUUCAACUUGAGGAUCUUGAGACCAUCAAAGUCAUAGGUAAGGGAGGUGGUGGUGUUGUUCAACUGGUCCGUCACAAAUGGGUCGGAACAUUAUUUGCACUGAAGGUGAUACAAAUGAACAUCCAAGAAGAAAUUCGUAAACAAAUUGUGCAAGAGCUGAAAAUAAAUCAAGCUUCCCAAUGCUCACAUGUUGUAGUUUGCUACCAUUCUUUCUAUCAUAAUGGAGCCAUCUCUUUGGUUUUUGAAUACAUGGAUCGUGGGUCUUUGGCAGAUGUAAUCAGACAAGUCAAGACGAUUCUUGAACCAUAUCUUGCUGUUGUCUGUAAACAGGUUCUUCAGGGUCUGGUGUACUUGCAUAAUGAGAGACAUGUAAUCCAUAGGGACAUUAAGCCAUCAAACCUACUUGUAAAUCACAAAGGAGAAGUAAAAAUUACUGAUUUUGGUGUGAGUGCAAUGCUUGCUAGCUCUAUGGGUCAACGUAAUACAUUUGUAGGGACAUACAAUUACAUGUCGCCAGAAAGGAUUAGUGGAAGCACUUAUGAUUAUAAGAGCGAUAUCUGGAGUUUAGGCCUUGUGAUUCUCGAGUGUGCAAUAGGACGUUUUCCCUACAUACAAUCUGAAGAACAACUUGGUGCCCCAAGCUUUUAUGAGCUUUUGGAAGCAAUUGUUAGAAGCCCUGUGCCUUCUGCUCCAGCUGAUCAAUUCUCUCCAGAGUUCUGUUCAUUUGUCUCAUCCUGUAUUCAGAAGGACCCUGUAGACAGAUCAUCAGCGGUGGACCUUUUGGAUCACCCGUUUAUCAAGAAGUUUGAGGACAAGGACAUUGAUCUUGCCAUACUAGUAGAGUGCUUGGACGCUCCUGUAAAUUUUCCUAAAUAAUUUCGUCUGUAAAGUAUAUUAAGUGCAAAAUACUCUCCCAAUGUAUCGUUUUAGAGUCUUGCUUGAAACUGAUUACAGCAUCUAGGUAAUGGUUCUUAUUACCAAUCCACAGUAGCUUCAUGCAAUGACAUGGACAUUUCUCUUAAGGUUGUACCGGUGUGUCGUUAACUCUUCAAAAUAUACUAGUUUUGCCAA